AUGGAUCGUUUCAAUCGCAUGCUUGCUGCUGCCUCGGGCAUGGGUAUGCCUGGAGCAGCCCCUGGCCAUGACACAAACCUUGUCGACAAUUCAGAAACGGUGUACAUCUCCUCUCUUGCUUUGCUGAAAAUGUUAAGGCACGGUCGCGCCGGAGUACCCAUGGAAGUUAUGGGUCUGAUGCUUGGAGAGUUUGUGGACGAUUUCACCGUGCGAGUGGUUGAUGUGUUUGCCAUGCCGCAGUCGGGAACUUCAGUCUCCGUAGAGUCUGUUGACCCUGUCUUCCAAACGAAGAUGAUGGAUAUGCUACGUCAAACCGGUCGGCCCGAGACGGUAGUGGGAUGGUAUCACUCCCACCCUGGAUUCGGCUGCUGGCUGUCGAGUGUCGAUAUCAAUACGCAGCAAUCUUUCGAACAGCUCACUCCACGCGCGGUGGCUGUCGUCGUCGAUCCCAUACAAUCAGUCAAGGGCAAGGUCGUGAUUGAUGCAUUCCGCCUGAUCAAUCCGCAAACCAUGAUGCUGGGACAAGAACCACGUCAGACCACAUCAAACUUGGGUCAUCUGAACAAGCCUUCGAUCCAGGCACUCAUUCAUGGAUUGAAUAGACAUUACUACAGCAUUGGAAUUCAGUAUCGCAAAACAGGAUUGGAAGAGAACAUGUUGAUGAACCUGCAUAAAGAAGUCUGGACCGAAGGGUUGGAGCUACCGCAUAGCUUUGGUGGCGAGAGAAAACGAAACGAAGAAGGAUUAAAACAACUUGUUCAUCUCGCAGAGGGCUACGAGCGCAGAGUCAGGGAAGAGAACGAAUUGUCACCGGAGCAGCUAAAAACUCGAUACGUGGGCAAAGUGGACCCCAAGAAGCACAUCGAAGAUGUUGGCCAGCGAUUGAUAGAGGACAACAUUGUCGCUGUGUCAAGGCAGGCGAUUGAUAAGGAAGCCAGCGUCCCAAAGAAAGCGCAGCAGACAAAUGGUAAUGGUCACGGAGCUACGAACGGCACAGAUGGUGACAUGGAAGUGGACGAAGAGCUAUGA